AUGGCGGGCGGGCGGCCGCUGUCGGGGCAGGUGUGCCUGGUGACGGGGGCGUCGCGCGGGCUGGGCAAGGGCAUCGCGCUGCAGCUGUCGGAGGCCGGCGCCACGGUGUACAUCACGGGCCGGGACGGCGCGGCGCUGGAGGCGGCGGCGGCGGAGGUGCGGGCCCGCGGCGGGCGCUGCGUGGCGGCGGUGUGCGACUCGACGCGCGACGAGGAGGUGGCGGCGCUGUUCGCGCGGCUGCGGCGGGACGAGGCGGGCCGGCUGGACGUGCUGGUCAACAACGCCUUCUCGGGCGUGGAGGCGCUGGGGCAGGCGAUGGACGCGGCCUUCUGGGAGGGCGCGCCCGGCGGCCUGUGGGACGCGGUGAACGGCGCGGGGCUGCGCGGCCACUACGUCUUCUCGGCGCACGCGGCGCGCCUGAUGGCGCCGGCGGGGCGGGGGCUGAUGGUGACGGUCUCGUCGCCCGGCGGGCUGCGCUACCUCUUCGGCGUGGCCUACGGCGUGGGCAAGGCGGGCUGCGACCGGCUGGCGGCCGACUGCGCCGUGGAGCUGCGGCCCUUCGGCGUGGCCUGCGUGGCGCUGUGGCCGGGCCUGGUGCGCACCGAGAGCCUGCUGCGCCAGGCCGAGGCCGGCGAAGGGCCGCUCUACGACCAGCUGCGCCGCAGGCUGCCCGCGGCGGGCGAGAGCGUGGAGGUGAGCGGCAAGUGCGUGGUGGGCCUGGCCGCCGACCCCCGCGUCCUGCGCCACAGCGGCACGGUGCAGCUCAGCCCCGAGCUGGCCCGCCGCUACCGCUUCCGCGACGUCGACGGCAGGGAGGUCUUCAACUACGUCUCCGUCCGCAACGUCCUCGCCGAGCUGCUGCCCGGCCUGGCCGGCCUGUUCCGCCUCAUCCCGGGCUUCCUCACCGUCCCCAAGUGGGUCCUCGCCCUGUAUGCCAGCAAGUUCGCCGUGUACCCCCCCCUCCACCCGGUGGCCUUGACAUCCACCAAAAAGGACUGA